AUUUUGGCUAAAUUUGAUCCACAAUCUAGUGUAUUUGCAACAGUUGGAAAGUGACAAUAUGGUAUCAGAAGAAUCUUACAGAAACAUUAGAUUAUGAUUUUACAUUUAUCUCACAUCCUAAAUAUGUCACUUAUUUUACCUGGAGACGAUUACCACCAAAAAGUCACUCCGAAGAUCGUACAUUAUUCACGAUGGCUCGUGAUGGUAUUGGUCGCUUCUGGAGUCCAACUGAUUUAAAUCAAUCUCAUUUACUUUACAUGUGUGCUGUAAUUGACUCAAAACAAUCUCUAGUCACAAAUGAUACUAAUUUAAAUCAAGCAAAUGACCAUUUUCUACCUAUUCAUUAUAUUGGCUGUGAUGAGCUUUCAAAUGCUGUACAUGCACAAUUUAGGUCUCAUUCAAAGCAUGAACGAUUUGACCAACGUGUAGAGCGUAUUCGUGACCGUAUACGAGAGACUCCCGAUUUAUUGUUUCGAAUCAAAGCAGAUGGUUCACUUAUUCUUUGGGGAGUCCAGCAUUUAAAUUCAAUUCCAAGAAGAAUUCCAAGAGUAUUUGUUGUACUGCGUGUAGACAAAGCAAUCGAUCCUUUAGAUGUGAUUUACUUUUUAAGCCCUACACAUAUUAUGCAUGACUAUUUACAUAUCCAGUCUUCAUGUAAGUUACACAAUUUGAUUUCAUUUAUAAAAUGCUGAUUCUUUCAGAUAGCUACAAUAAAACCAAUAGAACUAUCAUUGAUAGCACGAAAUUUACAUGGACAGCUAAGAUGUUAUAGUUUAAAUUUAAUUAAUUUUUUGGAUUCGACUUCCUUUUCUCCAAAGCUACAUUU